AUGCCCCUCUUUUUUGCUCGUGGAAUGAGGACGGAUAAGGGAAAAGUGGGUGACUCGACGUCGCGGCGCGCUCGCGUUCGCCUUAAUGAGCCUGUGAUGGCGCAUUGGGAACAGUAUACUCCGUCUCGAUUCGAGACAAUGAUCAUCCGCCCGUAUGCGUUGUCCACGGAGCAUAGGACGAACACAAAGCAUCACAAUGACAGCGUCUCUUCCUCAGAAUGCAGCUCAGUAGCAGGUACAAGAGCAUCGAGCUGUCGACCCAGCUCCACAGCCACAGAGAACGUGCCAUCGUUGGACAGAUCGCUUCGUACAAUGUCGACCAGAACAAUCGAUACAAACGAGACGUUAGGAUCCUCGAGGGCCGAGUCGUCGACAUCUGGGUUUGGUUUUCCAAGGCCUCAGACAGGAAAGCUCCAGUGUACCUUCGCCUUCCUGGGCUGCCACGAGGAGUUCACAUCAGCUUCAACAUGGAAGACUCACUGUACUUCGCACUUCCGUGCUCAUCCUCCGCCGAGUCGAACACAAUGUCCUUUCUGUACCUCGCAAUGGGAGCAUCCCUCAGCCUGGGAGGAUCGGCUGGAUCAUAUAGCCUCUCAUCAUCGAGGAGAAAGAAUCGAUGCGGGAUUUAGAGUUGAUCAUGAUCUUUUCAGGCAUCUUUUAAGGUGUCGGGUGGUGACUUUCGUCCAGUACCAGGAGUUGGAGAGGAGGGGUCGAUGUGACGGAAUGAAUGAACCGUAUAUUGAGACAGGUAACUCGAGGAGGGAGAGGAGAGAAGGCGCGCCACGUGGAUGGACUUCUUAUCGAGUCGGAGGCUGA